CGUGGAUAUUGCGCAAUCCGCGUCACUGACCAGAUCAGAGGCCAGAGAUCUGCAUAGACCAAAGCCCGUUUUUGCUCCCGCCAUUUUCUCUGACAACAUUGAAUGGUCCAGUAUAGGUUUAGUUAGCGUUUUAUCGCGUAUUUGGGUUAUUUAACAAAAAUAUGGUGAAGAGGUGUAGUCACGGACUUUGUAAUAGUGACGACAGGUAUCCUGAAAGGCUAGUUGGUGGAGUUCGAUUCGUACCCUUUCCAAAACCGAAGACCAAGUACGAAAAAUGCCUUCGAUGGAUCAAACUUUGUGGAAGACCGCAUCAUCAACUAAAUCCAUCUAAUAUCAACCGGAACACAUAUGUUUGCACGAAGUUUGCUAUGCCAACGUGAGCAACUUCCAGUGCCGAUGUGAGGAUGGCUUUUUUUGGACAUAUGACAACUGUGAGACAUAUCAAGCCUGUGAUGAGAUCGUUGAUGAUACUUGCACAUGUAUCAACAAUAUUCCCCUCAAAGGGCAGUAUUGCCUUCCAAAGACAGCAUCUCCAUUUGUUUAUGAAAACGUCAUCUCUAUCGAGUUGAUAACCACAGAUAUGAGUGUAGUGAACCUACUGAGGACCAGCCUGAGAAAUACUACUUAUCCCAUAUAUUUCAACAGCUACUCAAAGGUCUCUGCCAUCAACAUAACUACAGUUUGCAGUCCAAGCAGUGAUGGUUUCCAGUGCAAAUGUGAGGAUCACUACAGUUGGCCAUUUAACCAGUGUUUGCUGCAUGGAUCGUGUAACAGCAUCACUAAUGACACAUGCGGAUGCAUCAAUGCCAUUCCUUCUGGUGGACAAUAUUGCCAAUCUGUCGAUCAACACAUGCCUUCAUUUGAUCAUGAAUACCUCUUCUCCAUUGAGCUCCACACAACAGACUUGAGUUUGAUAACCCAACUCAGGAGAGUUCUGAAUAACAGCUUUUAUCCCAUAUACAUCAACAGCUACACAAAAAUAUCUGGUGUCAACAUAACUACGGUUUGCAGUCCAAGCAGUGAUGGUUUCCAAUGCAUUUGUGAGGAUCAGUAUCGUUGGUCAUGUGACCAGUGUUUCCUGCAUGGAUCGUGUGACAACAUCACAAAUGACACAUGUGGCUGCAUCAAUGCCCUUCCCUCUGUUUUACAAUAUUGCCAACCUAUCAAUCGACACAACUUUACUGUUUGUUCUGUUACAACGUCUCCAACAACAACAACUUCUCCAUUCAAUCAUGAAUACCUCAUCUCUAUUGAGCUCAACACCACAGACACCAGUGUGAUUACCAUUCUAAGGAACCUUCUGAAAAACACCACUUAUCCCUUAGACUUCAACAGACGUGCAAAAAUCUUAGAUAUCAACUUAACUACAGUUUGCAGUGCAAGCAGUGACGCUUUCCAGUGCAUAUGUGAGGCUCAGUAUCGCUGGUCAUGUGACCAGUGUUUCCUGCAUGGAUCAUGUGACAACAUCACAAAUGACACAUGUGGAUGCAUCAACGCCAUUCCUUCUGGUGGACAAUAUUGCCAAUCUGUCGAUCAACACAACUUUACAGCUUGUCCUGUUACAACAACAUCUCCAACAACAACAUCUGGUCCAGCCAUUCAUGAAUACCUCAUCUCUGUUGAGCUGAGCACCACAGAUAUGAGCAUGAUAAACCUACUGAGGAACAUUCUAAGAAACACCAGCUAUCCCAUAUACAUCAACAGCUACUCAAAAAUCUUUGAGAUCAACAUAACUACAGUUUGCAGCCCAAGCAGUGAUGGUUUCCAGUGCACAUGUGAGGGUCUGUAUCGUUGGUCAUGUGACCAAUGUUUCCUACAUGGAUCAUGUGACAACAUUACAAACAACACAUGUGGAUGUAUCAAUGCCAUUCUUCCUGGUGGACAGUAUUGCCAAUCAGCUGAGAAACUCAAUGAUACUUUUUGUCCCAGCACAACAACAACUACCUUCCCUACAACAUACACAACCCUAUCAACAACGUCUGUAACAAAUACCACGACAGCUCUAUCAACAACGCCACCAACUCUAGCAAAUACUACGACAGCUGAAACACUCCCAACAACAAGAUUGACAAUAAACACUCCGGUUUCAAAAGAAACUACGACUUCCACGACUAAAACGUCCACCACCAACACCACCAGUACAACUGUUUCUGGACCAGUGACAACAACUCCUGAAAAAACAGUAUUCCAAUUAGAAAUGUCCAUCAGCUUCGAUAAAGAGUACACUGCACAAUUGAGCGAUCCAACAAGCUCUGAUUACAUGACCUUUGAGUCUCAAAUCAUUGGUGUGUUACAUGACCAAUAUGAAGACCUAGGAGGGUUCGUUCAUGUUUUUGUGAAGAGUUUCAGUCCAGGAAGUGUGAUUGCAGAGUAUGUUGUUGAAACAUCAGAAGUUGACAGUGAGAAACUGAUUCAGGUGAAUCAAGGACUCCCUGAAGCAUUGCAGGACAUUGCUCCUGUCCUUGGCCCUGUUACUGCCCGUUACAAUAGUCCAAAUGAAAUCAGAUUUCCGGCUGUGACAUAUACUGGAAGGUUAAUGACAUUGACAUGUGGCCCUGCUUCUGACGGCAUUAAUCUGGGAAGGAUCGCUGAAGCCAAAUGGAAAUUUAAUGGACGGGAAAUCAAAACUGGUGGACGAAUUCAAAUAGUUUUAACGUCUACAAUGUCUAAUCUAAUAAUUAAUAACGUGAUUCAGGCCGAUGCUGGUAUUUAUGAAUGUAAUAUGAGGUUUAGUGCUUUGACUUUUGUGCAAAUGGGAACUGCAAAAGAAAUCAAAGUAGCUCCAAAUGUGCGAGUACCGGGUAAAGUCAAUGUUCAGUGUGCAGAUGGAGAGACGCAUCCACUUCAAUGUUGUGUGCAGUCAAACUAUGAUAUCCAGUGGUUUCUGGGCACAAGUACUUUAAACUCAGACACAAGUAGUGAUGGAGAAAGCAACUGCAUUUUGCACGGAUACAGUUUGAGUGGCUGUGGAGAUUCUCCCCGAGAAUUGAGUUUCACAUGUAGAGUACUAAAUGAAGCAGAAGUAUUUGAAGAAACAACAAGAAUGAUCAUUUUUACUGACAAUGCCAUAUGUCGUAAUUCGCUGUAUGGGAACGGACGACCAGGUGACAUCGCAACCAUAGCGUGUGAUCCUGGUCAAGAGGGGAACAGGAUGGCAAAAUGCAGGGAUACAGGGGAAUGGAGUCUUUUUGAAGACAAUUGCAUUGUGACUGAAAUCAAGGAAUUGCUCAUUGAUUCUGAGGAUUUGGUUGUGGAAGAAGUGCCACAAUUUGCUGCAGAACUUAAUGAUCUCGUCCAGAAAGAAAAAGAAGAAAUCACAAAUUCAUCUGCAACCAUAUCAGCCAUUGUUGACAUUCUGAACACCAUCGCCAAAGUUUCAAAUGAAUUGAAUGAAACUGUCAUGACGAAUAUGCUGGAAACAGUUGACGUCCUUAUUGGUGACGACGCGAGAGAAUCUUGGGAAUUUCUGAGACAAACUGGUCGCAAUGACAGCUCACGAUUGCUUAAUUCAAUGGAAACGCUGGCUGAUGAAUUAGUUGGACAGUUUACCAUCAGAACCGGAUCAAUUCUACUCAACACGACAAUGUUCAAUGAUUCCUUCAUGGCAAACUUUAACUCCAGUGUUGUCAUUGAUAUUUCAAACACCAACAGUACCAAUCUCACUAUCACCACCAUUGUUUUCUCCACCCUCGAUAAUGUCCUACCACCGCGGGACUCCAGUUAUAAUGCCACGGUUACAGAUACCAACGGCACAUCUGCUUCCUUUAAUGAAACCAUUAAUGCUGCAGUGGCACUUGUCACAGUAAAAACAGAGAUUCAGAAUAUCAGUCUGAGUUUCAUAAAACAGAACUACUCCUUGACACAGAAUCCACAGUGCGUUUUUUGGAACUUCACGCUUUUUGACAAUUUAGGCGCUUGGGAUGAUGAGGGUUGCACGUUAGUGUCCGAUAUAAACAAUACCGUGACUUGCAAUUGUGAUCACCUCACCUCUUUCUCAAUUCUGAUGGCAACAGAUAUCCCUGAAUCAAUCCGAGUUGCUUUGGAUGUUAUCACAUAUGUAGGAGUUUGCAUAUCUCUGGCAAGUCUCAUCAUAUGUCUCAUUAUUGAAGGAUAUGUUUGGAAAGCCUUGACUAGAAACAGCACUGCGUUCAUGCGCCACAUGUGCAUUGUGAACACGGCUCUGUCUUUGCUGAUUGCAGACAUUUGUUUCAUAAUUGCUGCUGCUUAUGCCAAAAACCCCCUUGAAAACCCCGGAGAGGAUCAUAAAGUUCCCCUGGGACCAUGUACCGCAGCAACAUUUUUCAUGCAUUUUUUCUACCUGGCUCUCUUCUUCUGGAUGCUUGUGUCAGGUCUUCUUCUGUUCUACCGAACCACUUUGGUCUUCUCCCAUAUGUCUAGAUCAACCAUGAUGGCUUUUGGCUUUGUUUUGGGCUACGUUUGCCCUCUUAUUAUAGCUGUUGUUACUGUUGCUGCCACAGCCCCUGGAAACGGAUACAUCAAGGAAAAUGAUGCAUGUUGGCUGAACUGGUAUAAGACCAAAGCCCUGUUGGCCUUAGUGAUACCGGCCUUGGCUGUCGUUUUUGUAAACAUUUUGAUUACAAUCGUGGUCUUGUACAAAAUGCUGAGGAGAGGUGUCGGAGAUGCAACCACUUGUGAUGAAAAGCACACGCUGGUUGUCGUUUUCAGAUGUGUGAUCAUUUUGACUCCUUUAUUUGGACUGACAUGGUCUUUGGGAGUGGGAACCAUGAUAUCAUCUACAAAUGAGGGGAUCCACAUUGCUUUUGCCUUCUUCAAUUCACUACAGGGUUUCUUUAUUUUAGUGUUUGGGACGCUGCUGGAUUCCAAGAUCAGAGCCAUUCUCUCCAAAAAACAACUUGUAUCAAGCUCAGGCUCCGGCUCCAAUCAAACUGCAAGUACAAGUGGUGGGAUUUCUUCAUUGAGUGGUCUAAAAUGGCUUGGAAAACUUCGUGGAAAAAGAUAUGUCUACCGUGUGUCAGAAGCUCUGAACUCAAGUAGCACUGGUGGCUCUGAGUCAUUCUCGAAUAUUUGAAUCAUAUUAUCAAUCCCUCAUAAAAUGGGCUUCGUUCCAGAUUUUAUAAAUCAAACUGCAGCGAGUCAUUUCAUAUUGCUUUUUUUUGCUAAAAUAAUUGGCACAAACACUUUUCAUGCGUUCACUGAAUAACGUAUUCUUGUAUUGUGCUGCAUGUAUUGUUUUAAGGUCAGCUUCAGUUAUAUUAAAAGGUAGAAUAAUAAAACACCUUAACGUUGACAGCCAUGUGACAAUGUAUUUGGUGACACUGUUCCUCAUAUGUAAAUAAAUAAAUAAAAACAAAUGUUAAAUUCGU